AUGUAUCUGAAAUAUUUACUUUAUAUUAUAUUGAUUUUAUUUUUUUCGAAUAAUUAUAUUACAAAAGGAGAAAAUUUAACAGAUACAAGUAAUAUAUUAACAUCAACAACUGCAGAAACAAGUGCAUCAACUUUAGUAUCAUGUCCGGAAGGUUAUCAACCAACAUCAUCAGGUUCAGAAUGUCAAACAAGUUCUGAACGUCAAGAUAAUAAAACUGUAAUAAUAAAACAUCAAGAAAAAUCAUCAAGUGGUAGAGCUCGUCGUUGGUUUUUUCUUUUUCUUGGUUGUUUAUUAACAAUAUUUGUAAUAUUUGCUUUACUUAUGACUUAUAAUCAUAUAACUCAACAAAUUCAUCGUCAUUCAUCAACAAAUUCAACAAUAAAUUCAACUAUUGGUAAUAGAUUUCGUAAUAUAUUACAAUCAAUCAGUUUAAAUAAUCUUCGUAAACAUGGAAGAUUUAAUUUUUUUUCUAUUUCAAAUGAUAAUUAUUCAUCUGGACAUAAUCGACAAGGAGAAACAUCACGUACACAUUUAAAUGAAAAUCAAGAUGAAGCUUUAUUAUUUGAUGAUCCAUAUGCUGAUGGAGGAAUUUCAAGUGGAAUUCAUGGAUCAUCUACUAAUCCAUAUAAAUCAUUAACACUUUCAGUUACUUAA